CUUAUCGUCACGAGCGAAGAAUGUGAACCAAGCGAUCAACCAUCGAUCUUCGAAGGAGAAGACUUCACAGAUUGGCGCUUCUUCCGUCGGCGAUCGUCCUCACUUCCUCUCCAAUCGCCUCCCAGCUUCCUUCUGUAUCCUGAAAUUCCCUAUGGAGGCGGCGCUCGUCGGUGGAGCAUUUCUCUCUGCUUUCCUCCAGGUGCUCUUCGAUCGGAUGGCCUCCCGCGAGGUCGUCGACUUCUUCCGGUCGCGCAAGCUCGGCAAGGGGAGGCUGCUGCAGAAGCUGGAGGCUGCGCUCCGGUCCGCGAACGCCGUGCUGGACGACGCGGAGGAGAAGCAGAUGACCAAUGACUCCGUCAGGAAGUGGCUCGACGAGCUCAAGGACGCCGUGUACGACGCCGACGACCUGUUCGACCAGAUCGCCGCCGAGGAUCUGGAGCGAGAAGCCGGGUCCGAGCCUCGGGCCCUCGCUUGUAAGGUCUGGAGCUUUGCUGCAGACGCUUGUAGGAGUAAAUUGGGGGAUGAGUUAGAGAGGGUUCUGGAGAGAUUGGAGAGAGUAGUGGAGCAGAGACAUGUGCUGCGCCUAAGGGAAGGUAUUCACGAGAGGACGGCUAGAGCUUUGCAGACCACUUCGUUGGUCGAGGAAUCGGGAGUUUUCGGGAGGGAGAAGGACAGGGAGGCGGUGAUCGAGUUGCUCUUGUCAGAUCAGGGCGAAAAGAACACCAGCGUGGUGGCCAUCGUUGGGAUGGGCGGUGUCGGUAAGACCACGCUAUCUCAGCUCGUGUUUAACGAUGGUGCGGUGAAGGGGAGUUUCGAGUUGAGGGCGUGGGUUUCCGUGUCCGACCAAUUCGACAUCUGCAAGCUGACGGCCACGGCUCUCGAGGAGUUCUCCUCCUCGUCUAAGAAGGAGACCGAAAAUCUCAACCAGCUUCAGCUCCAACUGAAGGACUUCUUGACAGGGAAGAAAUUCCUAUUGGUGUUGGAUGAUGUUUGGAAUGAGGACUCAAAUCUUUGGGAUGCGUUCCUAGUUCCUUUUACCUAUGGAGCAAGAGGCAGCAAAAUCUUCGUGACGACACGAAAUGAGGGUGUCGCAUCGGUUGCUCGUGCCGUCUCGACAUACCCUUUACAGAAGUUGCAAGACGAGGAAUCUUGGGGCUUGUUCGCAAAACAUGCGUUUGACCAGCAUAACUUCGAGGCGCGCACGAGACUUGAAGACAUCGGGCAAAUAAUUGUAAAUAGAUGUGAUGGAUUGCCUCUUGCGCUGAAGACUAUAGGUAGCUUGUUACGCUGUGAGUCUGGUAUCAGGAAGUGGGAAAUAAUUGCAGAGAGUGAUAUUUGGGAUUUGCCACCUGGAAAGAAUAAAAUUCUCCCUGCGUUGUUGUUAAGUUAUCAUUACCUUCCUCCACAACUGAAACGAUGUUUUGCCUAUUGUACAAUCUUCCCAAAGGAUUGUAUAUAUGAGAAGGACCAGCUGAUCUUACUUUGGAUUGCUGAGGGCUUGCUAAAACAACCUAACGGCAACAGGACAUUAGAGGAAGUAGGUGAUCAGUGCUUCUGUGAUCUUGUGUCUAGAUCUUUGCUUCAUAGAGUAAGUGAUGUCGAAUCGAGCUUCUCGAUGCAUGACCUGGAAGCAAGCGAUGUCGAAUCGAGCUUUUCGAUGCAUGACCUGGUCAAUGACUUAGCAAGAUAUGUAACUGGUCGUUCUUUUUUUAGCUUGGACGGAGGCAAUGCACACCACGUGUCCUCAAGCACUCGCCAUUUGUCAUUUGUAAGAACUCCCAAUGAUGUCGCUUCUAGAUUCAGAGUGUUAGCUGGGGCAAUGAAUUUGCGUACUUUCCUGCCGCUAAACGUGGGUCGUGUGGAAUUGUACUUGCUCAAUCUGUUGACUGAUGAGGUACUGCAUGUUCUGUUGCCGACCCUGAGACGGUUAAGGGUGCUAUCUUUGUCUCAUUAUUGGAAAAUCUCUACGUUGCCCAGUUCAAUUGGAUGUUUGAAGCAUCUGCGCUAUUUGAAUCUCUCCUAUAAUAGAAGUCUACUCAGAUUGCCUGAUUCAGUUACUGCUCUAUACAAUCUGCAAACCUUAAUUCUUGCUUGCUGUCAGUCUCUCGUUGAGUUACCGAGCAACAUGGGCAGCCUAACCUGUCUGCGUCAUCUUGAUAUAAGGUGGACACCCCUGAAGAGAAUGCCGUUGGGGAUGAACAGACUGAAGAAUUUGCGGACAUUAACUAAUUUCGUGGUGCCCGAAAACGAUGGGACCAGGGUUAGGGAGCUAGGGGAGCUAGGGAAUCUUAUGGGUACACUCUCCAUACAGGGUUUGCAGAAUGUUGAUAGUUACCAAGAUGCCGAAAUAGUCAAUUUGCAAGGAAAAAGGUACUUGAAAAAGUUAGCACUGAAAUGGGGUUUUGAUGACAAUAUUAUGCGGCAAAAUAGCUUAAAUGUAUUGGACAAGCUGCAACCUCAUUUGGACUUGAGAGAGCUUAUCAUUACAUCCUAUAGUGGUAGGUCAUUUUCCGAUUGGCUGGGACAGGGUUCAUUCUCUAAUAUGUCAGUCGUGCGUCUUGAAUCUUGCAAGCACUGUGUGUCAUUGCCUCCUUUAGGACAGCUACCAUCUCUGGAGAGGUUGAUAAUCGAAGCAUUUGAUGGAGUUACAAGUGUGGGUGCUGAAUUCAAUGGUAGUAACUGUACACCUUUUCAGUCACUUAAGUACUUGAAAUUUGCUAAGAUGUGCAGCUGGAAAGAGUGGGCUUCUUUUGCAAUAGAGACAGGAGGUCUUGCCUUUGCACAUUUGCAGGAGCUUUGUAUUAGAAAUUGCCCCGAGUUGAGUGGAGGUUUACCCACCAUCUCCCUUCUCUAA